CCCACAAACAUCCCACCCUCUUCACCUUCCACCAUCCUUCCUUCGCUGUCUUCUUGCACUACCAUAGUACCUCAGAUGGAUCUCCCCUGUGACACGAUAAUUCCUGCACCAUACGUGGCUGAUACGCCGGACCAAGGUUCCAAUUCCGGGGUGUGUGUGGUUCAAUCGCCGGUCCAACAAUCCGAUGCGGACGCAUUUGUGCCUGAAACGGCAGUCCAACGUUUCGAUGAUACCAAACGUUUGUCAGAUCUGGCGAAGAAUGAAGCUGCGGAGAAGGCGGAUCUGCAAUGGAUUGAGAGAAACGCGAGGUUGGCUCUGGCAGUUCUUCCAUACCAAACCGCGUCUGAACUUGAGGCCGCGCAGAAAGGCAGCGAGGCCAUGCUGAAACUAAUACUCCCUCAAAGGAAGGUUGGAUCUGAUUAUCUAAAAGGGUGGGAUGAAUUGUGGAAGCGUUGAGGGUGUUUGAGUGCUGAUACUGCACAUGCACUUGCCGAUAAGUAAUCUAAUUUCAUUUCUGUUGUUCGGAAUGUUGUACUCCCAUGUUUUCAUGCCUACUUUGGACCCUCCCAUUGCUGCCUUUUAAUGUUGUUCACGACUGGGUUAUUCGUACCCUCCCUUUGUUGCCUUUUAAUGUGAGAAAUCAUUGUUGUGUCUCUGGAUUCAGUGUUUGUUGUGUGAUUUCUAUGAUACCAAACGUGUAUGAAAAUUCAUUGUUGUGUGCCUAA